UAUAUGGGAAUUUUGACACUUUUUUCCGGGGAGCGGGGGGGGGGGCGCUGGUGUUAGAAUUCCUGUUACACUUUUUUUGAAACAAGUGAACUCGACUUUUCGUUUUGACCAAACAAAUUCCCUCCCUCUUUUCGACCGCUCAAAAUCCCUACCUUUAGUUUUCCCUCCCUCUUUUUGACCAAAGAAAAUUCCUCCCUUUAAUUUCCCCUCCCUCUUUUUGACCCUGGCCCGUUGAACAGUAAUAAAGCAUGUGGUAUACUCCAUCUGGAGCGCUUCCAGUUUGCUAACUGGCACCAGUUAGCUGAAGGUUGUUUAUACUUUCGAGCUUCAGUUGUCUUCCAGCUUCGGUUGCAGUAUAAACAACCCUCAGCUUGUCUGCAACCGAGGGCGACUGCACGUGCUCCGGUUCGAAACUGACAUCAAUACUGAUGAAAUGAACGUGUUCAAUUUUUAUUGUGUACUGGAGCCCGCGCUGAAUUUCUUUUUGUAGCACUUGAUAAUAAUUUUGAUUGCGCGUAGUUCUAUAUCAAAUUUCUUUUGUGAAAACGUUUCUGAUUAUUCCUGAUCUCUGGAAUCAUACUUUUUUCAAUUUAUUCCGUUUUGUGGAUUUGGCUUUUUCCACGCUAUCAGCAUCUUGUAGUUUGCGCUGCGUACGUUUUCUUUUUGUCGUUUUCAUUAGUACGUGUACGAAAUGCCUCGAAUGCCUGCGCAGGCCUACUCCAAACGCGCCGUUUUGAACAAAUUCACUGAUGCCGAAUCGGAAAACCUUCUUGCUUUUGUGAAAGUGAAUCGAUCGCUCUGGGAUACAAAGUCGAAAGAGUACAUUGAUACGAAGAGCAAGGUGGAUAUAUGGAAUGCAAUCGCUCAGUUGAUCGGAGAAUCCAAAACAGGAGACGACUGUAAAAACCAGUACAACAACCUGCGCAGUACCUUCCAAAAAAAAUGGAAAAUUGUGAAGACAAAACCCAGCGGAAGCGAGGCCGAUAAAGCAAAGAAAUGGCACUUUUGGGACCAGAUGCAGUUUUUAGGCGACGUUUUCACGAUGGCUGAAACAUCAGACAGUGCGGGAAUUGAGCCAUGUCCUCAAGAUGUGCCGGAUAUCGAGGGGGAUCAACGGAUCGCCGAAGAGGAAGAAGAAGACGCUGGACUGAUGCUGGAAAGUGCAGACGCAACCGUUCCUUGUGACCCCGGAGAUAUCAGCGAAUCACCAAAUACACCGAGUACUUCGAGCUCAGGAUCCGCAACAAAGACAGCGUAUCAUUGUACUCCUGGGAAAAAGAGAAAGCGCGAAGGUUACGAUCAGCUCAUCAAACAGCUCAGCGAAUCGCAGCGCAGAGACGACGAACUAGCGGCCGAAACGUCGAACGUCCUGAAAAGUUUCUUCGCAGAACAAGGCACGCACGGGAAAAAGUUUCUUACUACGGAGGAACUGUUUUGUGACUUCGUCUUAAGUACUUUGAAUUCUACUACUGCCGAGCAGAAGGAGCGCAUCAAAAAAGGCAUUCAGAACGUUAUUGCGAGAGAGCUACUCAACAACGAGAGCAGUAUUGAACGCACAGAAAUCGAGUAAAUGCUACGACGAAGAAUCUGCACAAGAAUCUUGAGAAACAGAAAGAAAUUGUGUUGGAACGUAACUGAACCGCGAUAACAUGUGAUGCGAUCUAUGUGUAUUUACAAUAUUUUGCAUAUUUUUUUAGUAAAAUAAAGCAUUUGUAAAGCGGAUUGGAAAGACUAAGGAAAUUGUUCGUUGUUAUGUUGCAUCCUUUUCACUUGUUUGUUCUCCGCCAUUGUGCUUAUUGCCGGAAUUAUUGCUAUACAAUCGAAAUCGAAAU